UCCACACUGUACCAUAACAUUCUCCUUUCCUUUUUUGCCCUUUCUUUAACAAAAACCCCAACUUGUCACUCUCAAAAUUCCCACUCUCAAACCCCACCAAAAAAGAAAAAAAGAACCCCAACAAAACCCAUAAAUUUUCUUGAACUUUUAGUUUCAUAUCAAUGGCAAAACCACCAUUUCAAGUGGUGUUUUUGUUCAUAUUUUUCUCAUUUUGCACCCAAAUAGUUAAAGUAAAAGCAACAUGGUGUGUAACAAGAAGUGAUGCAAGUGAAAAAGCUUUACAAAAUGCAUUAGAUUAUGCUUGUAGUUCUGGUGCAGAUUGUGUUACUAUUUUGGAAAAUGGGCUUUGUUUUCUUCCUAAUACAAUUCAAGCUCAUGCUUCUUAUGCUUUUAAUAGUUAUUAUCAGCGCAGAAAUAGAGCUCCUGGUUCUUGUGAUUUUGCUGGCACUGCUACCAUUGCCAAAACUGAUCCAAGUUAUGGAUCUUGUGUUUAUCCAGCAUCUCCAAGCACUGCUGGUGGCUCUACUACGCCGAGCACCAGUGGUGGUGGCACGACUGGCGGGACGACUACACCAGUCACGACGUCAACUCUUUAUCCACCACCACCAGGGACGGCAAAUCCUUUCAAUGGCAAUGGAGGAACAACACCGCGCGUUGGACCUGAUAUUCCUGACUCAGAAGAAUCUAAAGCUUCUCACAAGUUCUCAAAUUUACUUCUUGCAUCUUUGAUGCUUCUCUUUAUUCAUAUUUUUCAACCAUUUUAGGCAUUUCUGGUAGAGUAAAUGUUAGUUUUGAAGACUAGGACAGUAACAAUUUUGGUUAGAAAAAGGGAAGUUUUCAUUUUGCUAUUAUGAAAACUUCAGCACAUUAGAGUAACGUAUUGGUCUUUAUUAA